UGACUAAGGUCAAAAGUUGUCUUUCCCUCUCCAUAAAAGUUGGUCCCCCAAAAAUAUAGAACCGAAACAGAAACAGAAGCAAAUAGAAGCCAUCUGAACUUGAUGCUGUCGCUGAGGCUGCCGACGCAUUGCGAGGCUAAGGCGGCUAUUUUUAACAAAAAAGCACGCCCGCACGGCCAAUAAAUUUCACCCAGAAAAUGAAGAGUAAAAGAAAGAGAAAAAUAAAAAGAAAACAUAUAUGUAGCAGGCAUGCCAGACAUUCAUAUUAAUUAAACUUUGCAAGUGAAAAUCUACUUUGAAAACUUCAAAACUCAUUUCUUUUUGGGGCGGAAUGUAGUUGUCAAAACGCACGCACUAGACAACUCGGAAAAACAAAACCAGCGGGAGAGAGGAAAAUCCCGAAACGAGAGAGCGACUUUUCCUACCAACGGAAGAGAGGCAAAGAGCGAGUGGCUUUUCCAGGAGGUUUGGGCCUUCCAAAAUAACACAUUCCUCGUACAAAGGAUUGGCUUCGCAUUGACAUUGGAAGCUUCUCGGUUUUCCGCUUUUCCUGCUGCUCAAGUUUGGAGUUUCCCCGAUGCUUUCAGUUCGUGGCUAGACUUUGGAGCGUGCUGUGCUUGGAAAAACUGUCGCGUGUGUCUGUGAGAAAAAAUAUUUUCCUAAAGCCAGAUAAAAGAAAAAUUCCCUUAAUACAAUUGGAAAAUGUAACAUAAAUAUAUUCCUAUGCUCUAACAAAUAAACACAAAAUCAAAAACUUAAUCAACGCUUAAACUAAACCCUUAAAGUAAGCCCAAAUCAUAAACAAGAAAGUAAAUACUCUUUAGUUGCUAUUGCCCCCACAAAAUGCUGCCAAACCACGCCUGAGCCUCAAUCUCAAACUCAAUCUCAACCUGAAACUGAAUCUGAGCCCGGAACCACGACGACCCAGGGGCCAGGACCAGAACACAACUGUGAUCAUAGACAUAGCAACGAGAGUGGAGCCGGGAGCAGACCAAAGCCACGGGCACAGCCAAAGAUGAGGGAGUCCGGGGACUCAGCCAGCAGCCUGCCAGACCGCAACUGAGCGAUUUAUAGAUCCGCAGAUAAUAAUACCACGGCCGGAAGUCACAAAUCGGUAUCAAUUGCCCCGGCGGCGAUAGCUAUCGGCAAUUGGCAGAGGUAGAGGAAGAGGUAGAGGAAAAGGAAGAGGAAGAGGAAGAGGAAGAAAGGACACCAGAACAGCACACUCGCCAACGGAGGCUGUAAUGACGACAAUUGACGCGAUGUAGCGCAGACUUAUGGUCGGCGAACGCGACAGGGACCGUGAGGCGGUACGCUGGGCAACGGGUGAAUCAACACCGCUUCAAACCAAUAAUGGAGUAUUACAAAUGGUCGGGCAAUUGCAAGGUGGACAGGCUGCUGGCCAGCAACAGCAACAGCAACAAGCGACUCAGCAACAGCAACAGCAACUCACGAGGCAGCAACAGCAGCAGCAGCAUCAGCAAUUGCAACAGCAGCAACACAAGCAGCAACAACAGGACAUCCUGUAUCAGCAACAAAACGAGGCAAUUGCAAUUGCACGCGGACUGCAGGCUGCAACACCUGCCGACAUCGGCGAUAAUCAGCCGUACUACGAUACAAGCGGUAAUGUCGAUUGGGAGCGGGCGAUGGGAGCCGGUGGAGCUGGUGCAUAUGGUGGCCUCGGCAUCGGAUCCCUACCAGCAGCUGGCCAUGUUGCUUAUCACCUUGGGUCAGCUAAUGCCCCAGGCCUCGCUGCUCGUCACCUGGACUAUGCUGAUGGCGGCCACCUUGCUGGCCCAUCCGCCGGUGUUUCUGUGGGAAGUGGGGCCGUGUCAAUCACAAGAUCGGGAUCAGGUGGAGCAGUCGGAGCAGUCGGAGCAGCUGGAGCAGCUGGAGCAGCAGGAGCAACCACAGCAGGCAAGGAAGUUCGCUACGCCCCAUUCCCAGUCGCAUCACCAACGCACUCGAUUCCCACAACCUCCCAGCAGAUCGUUGGCAGCGUCGGUGGCGGGGGCGUCGGUGGUGCCACAAGUAGUCAAUCGAUUUCUGGCGGAGGAGGUGGAGGCGGAGGUGCACCCACCAAUCCCAGCCAGAGCAACACCACUGGCGCCCUGCAGCGGACACAUUCCAGAUCCAUGUCCUCCAUACCGCCGCCCGAGCCGUUCAUGAUAGCCCAGUCGAAGGCGGCCAAUAGCCGCGUGUCCAUCAACGUGGGCGGGGUGAGGCACGAGGUGCUGUGGCGCACGCUGGAGCGACUGCCACACACGCGGCUCGGGCGGCUGAGGGAGUGCACCACCCACGAGGCCAUCGUGGAGCUGUGCGACGACUACUCGCUGGCGGACAACGAGUACUUCUUCGACCGCCACCCGAAGAGCUUCAGCUCCAUCCUGAACUUCUAUCGCACCGGCAAGCUGCACAUCGUCGACGAGAUGUGCGUGCUGGCGUUUAGUGAUGACCUGGAGUACUGGGGCGUGGACGAGCUGUACCUGGAGUCCUGCUGCCAGCACAAGUACCAUCAGCGCAAGGAGAACGUCCACGAGGAGAUGCGCAAGGAGGCGGAGUCGCUGCGGCAGCGCGACGAGGAGGAGUUCGGCGAAGGUAAAUGCGCCGAGUACCAGAAGUAUCUGUGGGAGCUGCUCGAGAAGCCCAACACCAGCUUCGCCGCCCGGGUUAUCGCAGUGAUAUCCAUACUAUUCAUAGUCCUGUCUACCAUAGCCCUGACGUUGAACACCCUACCACAACUACAACACAUUGACAACGGUACACCACAGGAUAAUCCGCAAUUGGCAAUGGUUGAGGCCGUGUGUAUCACGUGGUUCACUCUAGAGUACAUACUUAGGUUUAGCGCCUCGCCGGACAAGUGGAAGUUCUUUAAGGGCGGCCUUAACAUAAUCGAUCUAUUGGCAAUACUCCCAUACUUUGUUUCGUUAUUUCUAUUGGAAACGAAUAAGAAUGCAACGGACCAGUUCCAGGAUGUGCGUCGGGUGGUGCAGGUCUUUCGCAUCAUGCGCAUCCUGCGAAUCCUUAAGCUGGCCCGUCACUCAACGGGCCUGCAGUCGUUAGGCUUUACGCUGCGUAACUCGUAUAAGGAACUCGGUCUACUAAUGCUGUUCCUGGCCAUGGGCGUUCUCAUAUUUUCUUCGCUGGCAUAUUUUGCCGAAAAGGAUGAAAAGGAUACAAAAUUCGUUUCAAUACCGGAAACAUUUUGGUGGGCGGGUAUUACAAUGACAACUGUUGGCUACGGGGACAUCUAUCCCACAACUGCACUGGGAAAGGUUAUUGGUACUGUGUGUUGCAUAUGCGGUGUUCUGGUAAUCGCUUUGCCUAUUCCCAUCAUCGUUAACAAUUUUGCUGAAUUUUAUAAGAAUCAGAUGCGCCGCGAAAAGGCCCUCAAGCGGCGCGAGGCACUCGAUCGUGCCAAGCGCGAGGGCAGCAUUGUCUCCUUCCAUCAUAUCAAUCUGAAAGAUGCCUUCGCCAAGUCCAUGGAUCUCAUCGAUGUGAUUGUCGACACAGAGAAACGCGAAAGUCACACACGAUCACUCAAAAAUUGGCACCGUUUAACCCACGCGCUCCGCCGAUCGCCCACAGGCCACAAUCUCUCGCAAACGGACGGGAACAGCACCGAGGGCGAGUCCACCAGCGGACGCAAUCCGGCCACCACCGGCACCGGCUGCUACAAGAACUACGACCACGUAGCCAACCUGCGCAACUCCAAUCUGCACCACCGUCGCGGAUCCAGCUCUGAGCAGGAUGCAGUGCCGCCAUACAGCUUCGACAAUCCCAAUGCCCGCCAGACCUCGAUGAUGGCCAUGGAGAGCUAUCGCCGCGAGCAGCAGGCAUUGCUGUUGCAGCAGCAGCAGCAGCAGAAACAGAUGUUGCAGAUGCAACAGAUGCAGCAGAAAGCAGCACCCAAUGGAGGAGGAACCGGAUCGGGAGUGGCCAACAAUCUGGCCAUGGUAGCUGCAUCCAGUGCAGCAACUGCUGUGGCCACGACCAGCUCCAGUAACACCGCCCCGGGGUCAGAGGUCGCCGAAGGAGGCGGCGGCGACGGCGGCGGCGGGGAGGAGGGCGUGGCCGAUGACGACAACCUUUCGCAGGCAAAGGGACUACCCAUCCAGAUGAUGAUCACGCCCGGGGAAGUGGCCGAGCUGCGACGUCAGGUGGCUCUGGAGAACCUGCAGAACCAGCGUAUGGACAACCUGGAGCAGGACGUGCCUGUGGAAUUCGAGUGCUGUUUUUGCACAACCAAGGACUUCAAGGAGUACACGGAUGCGGAGGGCGUGAUCUCGCUGCCCACCUCGGAUUUCCACAAGCCGAUAUGUCUGGAGAUGCGUUUGGCAGAGGCGAGUCGUCAGGCGGGAGCCUUUGGCCUCCUGUCGCCGCUGCAGCUUUCCCCGCCGCCACUACCCUUACCGCUUCAGGGACCGCUGCUGGCUCUGCCCCCGCCGCCCCCGCUGCCCCCCUCCUCCGUCCUGCUGCCCGCCAUCUCACAGUCCUCGUCCACAUCCUCGUCGUAUGGCACCACCACAUCCACCACCAUAGCCCUGCCCUUGGAUGCGAUGUCGCUGCGGUAUGGAGCCACCAUCUGCAGUUCGUCCAACUUCAACCACAACUACAACAACAACUUCAACACCACCACAGUGGGUGGCAAUGGGGCAAAUGGCUCGCUGCUCUUCGGUGGCAACAACUACAAUGGCAGCAACAACAACAAUGCCGACUUGGCCAGUGUGGACAGUUCGGAUACCUAUGCCAGCUGCCAAACGCAUCCAUUUCUCUCCCAAGGAGAUCUCACGGCGGAUUUCAAUGACGAGGCCUGUGCCCUGGACAUUGAUAUGGAUAAUCUGUACAUAAAUCCUCUGGAGCGGGAACAGCAUCAUCAGGGGAUCAGCAGCUCCACGGGUUUCAUUGUGGGCCUGCCCAGUACAAGUGGACUACGUGCCCAGGUGAAGAAGAGCGCCUCCGGUGACACGGCCUUGAGGAAUUUGGCCUCCGGCGGAGGAGGUGUGGGAGGGGGAGGAGCUGGAGGCAUGAGUCCGCUGGACGAUGUCUACCAGAGCUUCGAUGUCCAGGAACGGGGCAGCAGGGUCAGCUUGAACGAGAACUCAGUGCCAAAGCAUCGGAAGACGCGGUUCCAGCAGAGCUUCACCGUCAUGCGACCAAGUGGAGCAGGUGCAGGAGCAGGUGCAGGAGCAGGAGUCCUCGGCAGCCUACGGCCACGGGCCCGCUUCGAGGACACCAAGCUGGACGACGAGACGGGUGCUCGGGCGGCGGAGGCAUCCGCAUCCGGAUCUGGAGCCGGCAGCCCUGCGUCCAGCGGAUACGGACAGGGACCCCAGAAGAAGAAACGCUCGGUCUUUAUGCCGGGCAAGAGCUUAGCCACUGCCACCAAACUGAUCAAUCAGCAUUUGUUUGGCAUACAGAAUGUGGGCGCCAAAGCCAAGUUCGAGAGCAAGCAUUCCUCAUCGAUAGACUCGAUUGACGCCUCGCCCAAUCUGGAGCACCAUCGGCGCUCCAAGUCGAUCCUGAAAAACAAGUCUGAUAUCUCGCGCGUCCUGUCCGAUCCGGAGAGCGAGCGCCUCCUGGCGGACAACAUGUCCGGCUCCGGAGUGUCCGACAACGGCACCGUAAUGGUUGGUCAUCCUCUGAAAUAUUAUACACUUUUCUCGAAUAUUAACUGUGUAUUUUUUGUUCAGGGCGAAUCCGGCAGCGAUUACUCACCGAAUAAAUUACCUCAUUCAGUUUUAGCUAAGUCUAUAUCCCAACCACCCCUCAGGCACCGCACCCUAAUGCACCAGCGCUCAGGACCAGCGACCUUGCAAUCGAAGCCCACGAAGUUCCAGACCCCUCGAUAUCCCGAGGAGCAGGCGCUGCGCCAGGUCAAGCCGCUCCUCUCGCGCGCCCCUUCCUCUACAUCCGCAUCCGCGGCGGCGGCAUCCGCGGAUGGUCAGCAGACCAGGGACAGCAGUCUGGACUCGGAGACGACCUUCACAUCGCCCGUGAGCAGUCGAGCUGGAGAGGAUCAGCCAGCUGCGGGAUCUGUUGUUCCCAGCCAAGUGCCAGGAUCUGUUCCUGGCCAGGAGGAUCGCGAGGAGGAGGGCGAGGCGGAGGCCAAUGACGAGCAGAGGGCCCUGCUCCAAGGACGCGAUGCCGAGGAGGCAAAGAGGUCGGGGAACGAGGGCACGUAGCAAUUAGGCACCACACACACACCAGCCCCCAGAAAAAUGUAAAAAACAAGAGAAAACCUAUUCCAAGGGAAACCCACACACAACACACCAAACACAUACACCACAACACACAAAAUACACAAAACAUACAAAAAGGGAAAACUCAAAGUGAUAGCAAAGUUAGCAAACAUGGAAUGUGAAUUAUAUAAAAGCAAUGAACAGUAUCCUAGUCUAGAGAUGGAGUGAUGGAGAUGGAUCCCCGGAAUUCGAUCUGCGUAUUUUUACAAAACGAAAGCAAAAGAUGAAGAGCCGCGCAAGUCGUACAAACAAACAGCUACAAGAAAAAGCAAAACAUAAACUAACUACAUAAUUCUAAAAGUACUAUAAUUGCUACCAGUGUAAAUAGCAGAGCCCAACAAUCCACUCGUGUACAGAGCAACCUUUAUUUACCGCCUUCAGGACACAGCUAAGCAGAACAACAAAAUAAGUAUCUAGACGAAAUCACCAGAAAAGCCUAAAUAGCAACAAAUGAAACGGAAAUAUUCAUAUUUUGAAUGCAACUUAUAAGUAUAUACAAUAUUAUAGAAUAUACACGCAUCGCAAUUGCAACUCGCAUAUUUACACAUUAUAUAUAUAUACAAACUAAGCGAUAUAUAUAUAGCUCGAACUAUUUUUCAAAAUCACGCAAGUACGCUAAAUCCUGCAGAUCGAAGGAAGUUGAGAAGGGGGAUGUAUAUGUACGACAAAAUAGAUCCCGAUAAAUUAGAUCCGCAUUGCAUAUAUCUCUGUAUGUAAAUCGUUCGUAUCGUUCGCGUAUCGUUCAAAUUCAUAAAAAUGUCAAGAAAAAGUAGUUGAAAAUCGUUGGGCAACCAGUUCGUUUCUAUAUCUAUAAGUAUAUGUGCGUGUGUGUAGGGCUUAGGGCUUAUCGAUAGAGCUUGGCUUUUGGCUUCAAAUCCCCCGAUAAAAUCUGAUUUGCCACCGGAGAAUGGGUAAAUGCAAUGUUGCUUGGGUGUAUAGUAAAUGUUGUUAUUUAUUAUGGGGCCUGGGGAACAAUGCACUUUGAGACUGUAUUGUUUGAGAUGCUAUCUAAAUCUUUAGAGAUUUGAAAUUUUAAAUAUCUUUAAAGACUUUAAGUGUCCUUAGAGAUUUUAAACAUCAUUAGAGAAUUUAAAUUUUUUUACAGAUUUUUAA